CUCUGCUUGAGGAGGUUAUCGUUAGUAAUUCAUUCUCGUGUAAUUCAUUAUUGACACCAUCAUUGUGAAUUUAUAAAAGACUUUCUUCUCAGAUAAGUUUAAUUGAUAAAAUCAUGGUCAAACGUAAAAAUCAAGUUUUACUUGAUUCAGAGAGCAGCAACAGUGAAUCUAGCGGAAGCGAUUUGGAGACGGAGCUCUUGUCCCUUGCUAAGAAAAAGAAACUGAAGAAGAGUGAUGAUGAGUCGCCCACAGAAUCAAAUACAAAAAAAGCAACAGCUGCAUAUUCUGACUCAGACACUUCAUCUGGCUCUGAUGAUGACUGGGAUGCAAAGGGAAACAAAAACACCACGAAAAAGAAGAAGAAAACCAAAACCGCUCCUAAAAGAACUGUAUCCAAAUCUACUGAUGAAGAGUCUAGUGAUGAGGAAGAACCUGAGAAAAACAACAAAAGUUCAGAACCAGAAGAAGGUGAAGUUUCUGACUCGGACGAGAGUGAUUCAGAUUCGUCAGAUAGCCAGGAGGAAUUCAAUGAUGGUUAUGAUGAGAACCUGAUGGGUGAUGAAGAAGAUAGACGUAGGCUUGAGCAGAUGACUGAAAAAGAAAGAGAGCAGGAAAUCUUCAAGCGCAUUGAACAAAGAGAAGUGAUGAAAACGAGGUUUGAAAUAGAAAAGAAACUACGUUUGGCGAAGAAACAGGAAAUGAAGAAAAAGAAGGGUGGCACAACAAUAAAGAAGAGAGAGGAAAGAAUGGACCCAAAAGAGCGUAGCAAAGAGAGGAAAAAGACUGUUGAAGAAAACCGAGGAAAGGUUGAUAAAAAAGCACAAGCUAUGAAUCUGUUGAAAGCUAGAAGAGAAGAAAGGAAAGAACGAGAGGAAAAAGAAAAACAACAGAAAAUCGAGCAAGACAAGAAGAAAGAAGAAGAAGAAAAAGAAAAGGAAAGAGAAGAGGGGGAUAGAGGAGAAGAAGGUGAUGACGACGACGCAGCUUCAAGUAAACCUAAACUUAAGGCGUCUGACAUCUACAGUGACGACAGUGGCAGUGGCAGUGACAGCGAAGGGAAGGAGAAGAACAAAGCAAGAUCAAGAAGCAGCUCCAGCUCGUCCCAUAGUGAUUCUGACUCAGACAGUGGCUCGGACAAUAGGUCUGUGGCCAGUUCAAAAGUCAAGAAAGUGCAGUACAUUUCAACAAAAGAGGAACUCAACAAGAUUAGACUUUCCAGGCACAAGAUGGAGAGGUUUGUUCACCUGCCAUUCUUCAAUAGGGUUGUAGAGGGUUGUUUUGUCAGAAUUGGAAUCGGCAAUCAUAACGGAAAACCAGUUUACAGGGUUGCGGAGAUCAGUGGUGUGUGUGAAACCGCCAAGAUUUACCAGCUGGGAAACACUCGUACCAACAAGGGUCUGAAGCUGAGACACGGAGCGCAAGAGAGAGUGUUUCGACUGGAGUUUGUCAGUAACCAGGAGUUUACAGAAUCAGAAUACUACAAGUGGCGGGAGACAUGUGCCGUACAAGGCAUUUCCAUACCCACCGUAGACGACAUUGAUAAAAAACUCAGUGAUAUCAAGGAGGCAUUGAUCUACGAAUUUAAGGAGGAAGACAUUGAAAAGAUUGUCCAAGAAAAGGGAAGAUUCAAACAAAACCCUUACAACUACGCUAUGAAAAAGACUCAGUUAAUGAAGGAUAGAGACAUGGCCCAGUCUAGAGGAGACGAGGUGGAGGCUGCCAGGAUCAUACAACAGCUGCAUGAUCUGGAGGAGAGAGCCGUGGAGUUGGACAAGAUGAGGACCUCCACCAUCUCCAGCAUCAGCUACAUCAAUGACCGCAACCGCAAGAGGAACGUGGAGGAGGCGGAGAAGGCUAUCAUGGAAGAAGUAAAGGCGAAUAAGGGCAAGAAAAUUGAUGACCCGUUUACAAGACGUAGUACGAAGCCUACAAUGGUGUUCAAAGCACCUGAUUCAAAUCCCCCACCUCCUCCUCCAGAUGUAGCCUCCAAAGAAAACAUCGAGAGUCCUGCCAAGCCUGUGCCAGAGCCCAACAACAGGGUUGAGCCUGUCAAACCAACAGCUGACAAAGCCAAGACUGAGGACUUGUUUCUAGCUCACGACUUUGACAUCAAGAUCGAUUUGGAAGUGCCGUUACCAAAUAACCCAGUAAGUAUUACCCCAAAACCUUCCAACGCAAUGAAGGAUAGUGGGCCUCGACGUUCGUUGAACUUGGAAGAUUACAAGAAGAAAAGAGGACUUAUUUGAAAUAGGAAUUUUGGUUAAGUACUUUAAUUGAAGUUGUAACAUAUACGAAAUUAUUAUGUUUGUCAACUAUUUUUACAAGAGCACUAACCAAAAUAAAUUAUUUUAUUGUGGAGAGUAUUGCGUGUCAAAUAGUUUUAUACUUUUUUAAAUCGUUUUGUGGAAGUUACUUUAGUCUGUGUGUAUCCAAUUAGAUUGGAUCUUUCCUUUUGGGGUAAAAACACACAAGUGUCAAAAGCGAUUUGGAGCAACAGGAGAUAUAUGGUGAAUCCAGACCUCUAUGUGCUAGUCGCAGGUAUUGGCCAUGGUCACAAUCAAGACACAGGGUUUUUUUUACCUAUAAGGGAAAAGCUUAUAUUACAACAAACUGAGCACAAUCUGAUGGCAAGGAGGCAAGAUAGAAAAUAAAAAUAAAUUACAACAUUAAAGUUAGGUUAGAUUUUAAAAAUGUUUUGUAUGGAAAGUUUCCUGAUGACUUUGGAUCACAUUGUACAUUAUUGACUAAUUUUAAGUCUCUAGUACGUUUUGAAAGGGUUCACAUUACUAAUUGUGAUUGGGGGCGCAUGUUUUACCCAAAUAUGAGUGUAAAAUGAAGUGAGCGGUGUAGCUUUGUUACAACUAAGACCAGCUGUUUCAUUAGCCAGGACCAUCUAUUAAAAGCCCGAUGAUUAAGGACAGCUGGGUCCUAUUUCAAAACAUCUAAAAACUACAAACUUCUCAGGAUUGAAUCGGCGACCUUUCGAUUACUAUGUGACCACUAUAACCACUUGCUACCCAGCUUAGAUCACAAACUAAUGUCAAAGACUCAUUCCAAUCCCCAUGAAAAUUACAAAAUUUCAAUGAUGUUGGAAUUGAAAAAUGCCAUCCUCUACUUUAGGCCCCAGAAUUUCAACCACCCUAAAUUUUAAGACCCAGCUUUAAGAUGUGGUCUGCUAAGCAGUUAAAAAAUUCCUAUAUGCCAUACCUUUAAAGCUUACAACGUAACGAAACCAGACUCGCGGUUCACAAGUCCUUUAGUGUAGGUCACAAGACUUGUAUAUGUUGAGAGUUUGCGCCCUCAUUCCCCUUUCCUUGCGGAGGAAUUUGUCUCUUCCUUGUCCCCCUUGGCCCAAGCCCACCGAGCCCAUUUACUAAAGCGACCCUGGACUAACUUCAUCUGCCCCUCAAUCUCAAUCAAUAAGAAAAACCAUAGUUAUUUUUAAGGUACACCACCCACAGUCUUUCCUUGUGUACCACUUCCACUUGAAGGUUUACAUUUUAUUUUUCCCUCCAAACCAUACAGCUUGGCCUAUUUGUGUUUUUACCCUUUAAGUUUUAAAUGUGUAUAAUAUAUAUUAUACUGUUUACUUAUUUUAGAUCGGUAAACCUGACAUAGUAACCUGAAUAGUAAAAGUUUUUAGUUUACUGUGCCUAAACUUGCUUCUUCAUAUUAUAAACUGUAAAAUAGUAUAUUUCGUACCUAGGGCCAAAAAUGAGGUUUUGCUGGCUCGAGAUAGUUUUUAAGUUCGAGGCGAAGUCGAGAACUUAAAACGGUCGAGAGCUGCAAAACCAUUUCGGUCCGUAGUACAAACGCUAUUUUUCACCACACUAUACCUUAUUUCCACUAUUCACCACAAUAAUAAUGUACACUAACAGUCAACGCAACUACAACUUUAACCCUUCAACGCGCGAGUUUUUUUAAUAAAGACCAACCCUGCUGCGUGGGUUUUUUAGGCUUUCCAGCAGGCACGGAACGUUUGUACAAUAAACGCAUAUAACUUUGUUAUUUAUAAUUAUAUUUUAACAAUUCUUUUACCAAAUUAAACAGCAAAUUACUGGCUUUAAAAAAAAUAUAUAUAAUAGGCCCUACAUUAAAAGUCUAGGACAGUUAUAAAAGUUUUUCAUACCUUAAAAGUUGAGUUUGGUGUGGUAAUCUUCAAAACAUUCUCCCAAACAUAGUCCAGCUUCACAUUUUGGGCACCAGUACCUAGUGUCCCUUCUAAUUCCUCUCUUGGAACACACACAACAUCUUCUUUGAGCAUUCACUUUGUUUGCAGUAGGUGGAAUGAGGUAAAGGAAAUGUCUUUCGGUUAGCCGAGCUGGUUUGGGUUCAAUUGAUGGUAUACCACUUACAUUUCUCUGCACUUGGGAUCCAUAGGUUUCAAAUAACAUUUUUACCAGUUCUAAUCUGAAGGCAAAAUGUUCACUUUUUUGUUUGGUACAUUUCCAAAUAAGAUAGGAAUUUAAAACAGUAACAUUUAGCAGUCUUUUGAAAAUUUGUAUAUACCAUUUCUGCCCCCUCUUUCUUUCAAGAUGAUAACUGUGUAGCAUUUGAUCCCUCAAGUCAACCCCUCCCAUUUUUUUAUUAUAGUCAAGUACCAAAACUGGCUUAAUUUCUUGCUUACCACUCUUGCUAGUUUUCACUCCCAUUUCAUGGGAAUGGCGGGUUGAAAUAAGAGAGACAACUCGUUUAUCGCGCCAUUUCAUGAUCAUGACAUCUUCGCUAUGCAAUACAACUAUUUCACCCUUAUCCAACUUUUGACUUUUUACUUCAUCAGGUACACACUUCCUGGUCAGUUUCAUGGUGCCACAAGUGUCAGUUUUCCUUUCUUUCAAUAACUUUGAAAGUUCCGGUGAAUUGUACCAAUUGUCCAUCCAGAGUGUAAAACCCUUAUCGAGAAGAGGCGCCAUGAGAGAUAAAACAAUUGCAGUGGAUUUGUUUGACUUUGGUGGGACAAUAGGAUUGUCAAAAACCAUGCUUUUACCUGUGUAUAUAAGAAAUGACCAGGUAUACCCCGAAGAUGAUUCACAAAUCUCAAAAGACUUAAUCCCAAACUGAGCUGCCUUCAGCGGCAAAUACUGUUUGAACCCCAAGCGACCUUUCCACAAAGUUAACGAUUCAUCAAUUGAAAUAUUCUGGGAAAGGCCAUAUGCUGCCUGAAACUUAUUAUUUAAAUGAUCAAUGAUAGAAAAAAUUUUAAACAAACCUUUCUGUCCAUUGUACUCACUGAGUUUCGUUUCAUCGCAAAAAUGCAAGUACUUGGAAAUGAGCUGAAACCGCUCCAACGGCAUUGUACUUGGAUACACAUCAGUACGUAACAAACCAUUUUUUGAAUAGUAUGCUCUAAGACUAGGCCUUUGGUCAAUACCCAUAAGCAUCACUAGGCCAAAAUAAACAUACAGUUCAUUUUUGGUAACAGGGACCCACUUCCAUGUACGAGAAAACUGAUGGAAUAUCAUUCCCUGCUUCCUAUGCUGCUGCUCCGCAUAGGUAUUUGUACUAUGGACAAUAAGGUCCAUGAUUGUGUCAUCAAAGAAAUAUUUUAAAAUAUCUAACUCAUUUUCAUAAUUUAUUUUGGGACCUACCUCACCCAUACCAAUAAAAUUUUCCUUUUGAGGUACGUACUAUUCAAUGACUAUUCAUAAUUCUCAACGGAUUCCCAAAUCAUUUGUGGUACAUUUUCAGCAGGCCUACGUCUAGCAGAGAGAGGAUUGUCACCUCCCGCACCAGCCACUACAUCCUCAAUUGUCAUUUCAACAUUGUCCAAUUCCAUUGGUUGGGGGGGUGACAUAGGCCUAGGUGAAAGAGGCGUUGGUGAAGGCGUAGGGCUAGGCCUAGGCUCACCACCACCAAACUCACUAACAGGAACAUUAGGUGUAACUGUCGCUAAAUCAUCGUCACUUUCUGGAUUUUCAUCUUCGGGAUUAUCACCUUGUAACUGUGCAAAAUCUAUAUCAUCUUCAUCACUCUGUACAUCGUCAACAAAUUCCGACAGCAGCCAACGAUCUAUUUCACUACUACGAACCAUACCAUAACAGAGAACUUACACUACAAUUCAAUCACUAUCCACUGAAAUAAAAACUUUUCUGCUCCACAAAACCACUAGAAACUAUAUUAAAACAUUAAAAAAUAAUAUCUUAAUCGGCAUUCACUCAAUAAUAACAGAAAACAUCUAAAUACGUAAACAAACAAACAACGACGUAACCAAGACGACGCGAGUGAAAUUUUUCUGCUCAAACGCCUGUAAACAUUCGUCACCAAAGGCAACCAAAAGUUUCUAAAACCGGGUAUUUCUGUAGUUUCAUGUAGCCCUACUGACCCCCCAACGUACUGCAAUAUCGAUCGCGUCCAGAUGUUUGCGGAUUUCCCCGAUAGGUAGGAGCAUCGGACGGAACGUCUGAGAACGUACGCAAUACGUCAAAACGCAGCAGCGGGCGGAGCAGUACAGACGUAUCACGUACGUCAAAACGUCUUGAAGGGUUAAGGUUACGUAGAGAAAUAAAUGGAGGAAUCAGCAAAAAUAAUAAUAAACAGUUGCUAGGCAGCGGUGACAAAAAAACAAGUCUAUUGCAAUGCUAUGGAUACAGCUUGUGUAUUUAAUAUACAUUAUUUGUUUAAGUGAAUAAGCAAACAGUUGAUUUUGCGGCCCUAGGUAUGUAAAAACCUGCUCGGUCCCCAAAAUGACGAUGACAUCUGGCAUGGGCAGCAAAACGUAACUUUCAGCAUAGACAAAAAUAAUAAAAUAUAUGGUGCUGCGGUUACCAUGGUUACAAUAGGUUCUGGCGCACACCGCUGUUAGCGCCGUGUAGUUACAUGGCGCUCCCAGAGGCGUGCGCCACAGAACCUAUGGUAACCGCAGCACGGCUGAUGGUCUAUAUUUAAUGCUUUUUGUCUAUGCUUCAGCCACCAAUUAAUGUAUGUGAAACAGAUAAAAACAUCAUAGUGUGGCAAAAAUUACUUUUGUCUUUAUUUGUACCAUUUUACAAUUGUUGGCAGUUUUAACAUUAUUUGUAAAUAAAUUAUUAUGCGAAUAUCGUGUGAACAGUCAUAUUUUAUGUUAAUUUUCAAGUCCUAGUGUAAUGUAUGUAAGUAAAUCAAAGAGUAUAAAAUGUGUAAUAAGUUUAGAUACAUUGUGAAUGUGUUAAUAUGUCCAAUUCUACCCAGUAAAACAGAAGAAUCAUUAAUUGCAAUGUUGAAUACUCAUUCCACGUUAUUUUAUUUUUCACAGUUGAAACCAAAAUGCUUCAAUUAUGGGCAAUAGGGGUUUUUCUAUCCUUUUUAAUGUUUACAAAAUACAAAGAGUUCAAAAUGUAAGUGCCUGUUCUAGCCAAAACUUGAAAUAGUUGAGUUAAGCUGUGUUGUGCAAUAUGGGAGGUGACAUCUAGGUGUUGAUGUGUUAUUUGUAUGCUUUAGUGGUUUAAAGGAAUCUCCAUUCACCAAAUCCAUGACUAGUACUGGUUGAUGUAAUCUCAAUUUUAUGUCUCAGUUGUCAAAAUUAUUAAGUACUUCCUCUAAAUGUUGUCUUGUGAGAAUCGUGUUUUUAAAUUUUGUGUGAAUAUAAUGUAAUUUUCAUUUUUAAAUUUUUUAGUAAGGAACUGUUCAAAACCUGUUGUGUUACUAAUUAAACCUUUUGUUGUAUAAAUGUUUAUUACCAUAUCAAAAGUGUAAAUAACAGUAAAAUUAUAAAAAAGGAAUUGUUUUUAGGAAAAAACAUUUAGCUUGGAUUAUUUAUUUAAGAAAGGAAUUGUGUAAUUGUAAUUAAUUUUUAAUGAAAUAGGAUUCAGAAAGCAAUAAGAUUUCUUGUAUUGACGUAGUUGUUGAAGAGGUUUGUAGAUUGUGGGCUUCAAUAGAACUCUUUCUCUUAUCUAGGAAUAUUCCAAAUUUUCGUUUUUAAUGGUGGACAAAUUAUUUUUUAAAUACAAAUGGCAGAGAUAGUGUUUUAUUAGUUAAAAUGUAAAAUAUGUGUUUCCCGAUUUUACGAUAAAGGAAAAAUGUGUCAAAAUUGUCUUUAAAAUAAAACUAAUUAAAUCAGAUCUCGUUUUAAAAUAAAACUAGACAUUUUGUGUAUUUCAUCUCAAUCACUAGCUGUUGCCAUGUGCUGCUUUAAUAACUAAGCAAACAUAUAAUAAUCAAGAGGUUGAAUAAUUUAUGUUAUUAUAUUACUCCCUCCGGUUAAUUAUGAUCAAUACGUGACGACGUGUGCACAAAUUACACAUUUAACAGGGUUCAACGUUUCUUUCUGAGACAAAAUGAGUAAUGCACCCUUUUACCCUUGUACCCUUUUACUUUUCAAAGAUGUUUUUUCAAUUGUUAGGUUAUGUUAGUACUAAUGAUUAUCAAGAUUAUUAAAGAUUUGUAGCAAAGACUAUUAAGAUUAAAGACAAUUAGUAUGUGAUAAAAACUUCUAAAUUACAGUAAAAUAAAUACAGACAUGUAAAGUUUUACAACUAAAAGAGUGAUUAUUAUCAAUUGAGAUGGGAACGCCACCCAGGUGCAUAUUUUAACUGAAAUAUGCGUGAAGGAUGAGUGUAGAAUGAGGUAAGAUGCCUUCCCUAGCUUUGUUACUUACCAACUACCUGGCUAUUUCAUUAUCCAGGACCAUUUAUUAAAAGCCCAAUAAUCAAGGACUAGCCUACAAACUUUUCUCACAAUCGAACUGGCGACAUUUUGAUUAGCACUAUAACCAAACACUCAGAUGCCCAGCUAUAUCUAGUGUAUGGCAACCUCGCAACGCACGGCCAGCCUGUUGCCAUGGUAAUACCAAAAAAAAAACCAAAAGUGUACAUUAUAAAGAUUGUGCAGACACUCCAUCAUAAAUUUGUGCAACAGCUGGUUUGGUUUGUCAUGCAGGCCUUGUAUUAGAGGGGGCCAUGGUCAUGCUGCCUUUAAGUAAUGAUAAUAAUAAUAAUGAUGUCGACUGGAUUUAUGAACAGACAGUAAACCGCCAAUAUUAUAUACUAGUUGCUCUGCCCGUGCUGUGCUACGGGGUGAGAAUGCAGAAAAGAAUAAUAAGGUUACAACACACUUACCACAAAAAAUAUAGGCAAAGCUCAAUCGUUCUUAUUAAUUAUUUAAAUGCAUAUUUCUUAAUGUUUUACCAUCACUUUAUAUAGUGUAUUGCAAUAUAUGCAAGAGUGUAAUUCAUUGACCACAUGGAACCAAGAAACAAAUCUUCAUAAUAAGCCAAUUUAAUUAAAUGGUAGGACAAAGCAUAACAGCUGGAUUAGUAAAUUUUCUUCAUAAGAAAUACAUUGGGAUUUUGAUGGCCUGUGGGGCAAAGCUCGAAUCCUUUUGUUACAGGAAUUGGUGAAAGGGGGCGUCUACACAAAAAAUACUUAAUUUUGACACAUUGUGAAAAUCCGUUCAUUAUUAUCGGAGUAGUGUUUCGUAGAAAACGCUUUCACGUAUUAUAUAUACGGUAAGGAUUUUUUAAAGGAUUGUUAACAUAUUGUUUACUAUACAAUAUACAUACUUUAGGUUAUGAUACAGAUGUUUCGGGAUUUAUUCUGGUUUUAUCAGUAGAUACUGCAGUUUUUAGAAAGUUGUAGGAGUGUAAAUAAUGUGUAGAUAUUUAAUUCAACUGUUGGUUAGUGCUCUUUAUUUGUCAAUACAAAGUGUAAAUAUUGUAGGCUUACUAUCUUAAAAUAAACUUAUGGUCUUUUUAUCGACUCUUAUGAGAUUAAUCAUUGCUUGAGGUAACAUUGUUGUAGUUAAUUUAUUAUUUUAUAACAAUUUUUAAGGAAUUCAGUUUGUUCUGAUUAUUUCCCAUCAAAUUAUUUAUUAUAUUAAUUCCUCCUGUAAAACUGGUUUUAUAAAUAAAGUUUGUAAAUUUUA